AUGUGGGGAAAACUGCGAACCCAGCCAGUCUCAGGUCGGCAGGUGGAGAACACGCCGCUCUGCUUGGAAACGGGCAGCACCUCAGCGGAGGAAAGGAGGAGGAGGAGGAGGAGGAAGAAGAAAGUCUCUGGUGCUAAAGCGGAGACGGAGGAGGUGGGAGAGAGUCCAGGAAGCCGCAGCAAAGCGAGGGCUCCGGAGCAGGAGAACUUGAACGGGGCAAAGGGAGUGGAGAAAAAGGUGGAGAGGGACGAGGAAGAAGGAGAGGACGCAGAAGAAAGUGAGAAAAGCGAGGUGAAGACAGAGCAAGAGUUGGAUAGAGAGAUUGAGGUGCAGAAAGAGGGUGUCGGGGAGGCCAGGAGGAGGAAGAUCAAGGGGGAAGAGGCCUCGGAGGACGGCAUGAGCGGAAGAAAGGCCAAUAAAGGCCGGAGAAAAGGAUCCACCUCAAAACCUGGGUGUCCGGGAGGCUCCCGGAAGAGAAAAGCGAAGGAGGAUGAUGGAGGCAUGAGGAAGAAAAGGAAGAAGGAGGAGGAAUGCGGGAAAGAGGACAAGUGGAAGUGGUACGUGCUGCGUUCGGGUUGCCAAUAUUAUUUUUGA